UUUCCACAGUAAGCGAAAGUUGUUUGUGGGAGAAAAUGGCGCAGAAGUUUAGAGUUAUUGGUUGUAGGCAUUCAAUCAAGCUGGUUUUUGGUCUCUUUCUUCUAAUCUACCAUCCGACAGAAUGUUUAAUAUGUUAUUGUGCUGGAGAAUGUCCCAAUUAUGAACCAAAUGGUUCUUGUAUAGCCAUGCCUGGUAGUCAGUGCUUUAGUGCUGUUAUAGAAGUUCAAGAAGAUGGUAUUGUAGAAGAAGAAAGAACGUAUGGAUGUCUUCCACCAGAAGAAACAGGUUUUAUGCAGUGCAAAGGACAUUUAGUACCUCAUCAAGUUCCCCAAUCCAUUGAAUGCUGCAGCAAUGCAGAUUUCUGUAAUAGAUAUUUGAAACCAGUAUAUGUUUCAAGACCAACUAUUGUUACACCUGAUUAUGGAGGUGAAUUAAUGAGUUAUGAAGAUAAUGUUCAUCAAAUGGCUUUGCUCAUAUCAACUACUGUCUGCAUCAUUCUUCUUGUAGUUCUUAUCACUUAUGCAUAUAUUAGAUAUAAAAGAGGUGAAGACCAGAGAAGAGGAUAUUUAGGUUCAGGUGAUCAAUGUGACCCCUUCUUAAUCCCUCGUGAAUCACUGAAAGAUCUUAUAGAUCAUUCAAUUAGUUCAGGAAGUGGAUCUGGUUUGCCAAUAUUAGUGCAAAGGACAAUUGCAAAGCAAAUAGAAAUGAUAAGAAGUAUAGGUAAAGGUAGAUUUGGUGAAGUUUGGCAGGCACAAUGGAGAGGUGAGAAUAUUGCUGUAAAAAUAUUCUUUACUACAGAAGAAGCUAGUUGGUUCAGAGAAACAGAAAUAUAUCAGACAGUACUGAUGAGACAUGAAAACAUUCUUGGCUUCAUAGCUGCUGAUAUUCGGGGCACAGGAUCAUGGACACAGCUUUUGCUCAUUACAGAUUAUCAUGAGAAAGGGUCUUUACAUGAUUUCUUAAAACUUCACACUGUAGACUUAGCUGGUAUGUUACAGUUAUCUCAUUCAGCAGCUUCGGGUCUUUGUCAUCUUCAUACAGAAAUUGUUGGCAAACAAGGCAAACCAGCCAUUGCUCAUAGAGAUAUUAAAAGUAGAAAUAUAUUAGUAAAAAGGGACCAUACAUGUGUUAUAGCUGAUUUUGGAUUAGCAGUAAGAUUUAACAGUGAUGUCAAUGAGAUAGAUGUAGCUGCCAAUACUCGGGUUGGAACAAAAAGAUAUAUGGCACCUGAAGUUUUAGAUGAAACUUUAAAUAGAUCCCAGUUUGAAGCAUAUAAAAUGGCUGAUAUCUAUUCAUUUGCUUUAGUUUUAUGGGAAAUUGCAAGGAGGUGUGUCUUAGAUGGAGCAGUAGAUGACUAUCAUUUGCCAUAUUAUGAUGUUGUGCCUUCUGAUCCCAGUUUUGAAGAUAUGAAAAAAGUUGUUUGUAUAGAUCAAAUGAGACCAUCUAUUUCUGCUAGAUGGAAAAAACAUGAGAUAUUAGCAAUUUAUAGCAAACUGAUGCAUGAAUGUUGGCAUCAGAAUCCAGCUGUACGUCUGACGGCAUUACGAUUGAAGAAAACUCUCUCCAAAUUACAAAGCAUUCAUCACAUCAAAAUAGUCUGAUUCAGAAUUAAAGACUGUUGGAAUAUAAUCAGUCUAUGGAGACAAAAUGUGCUGCCUUUAUACUGCCUCAUCUGAUAAAAUGGCAGCUGCUUCCUACAGAAAUAAUCUUCCCACUAAUCCUGACUCAAGGAUUGAACAACUGAAUAUUUGUUGUGAAAAACAUGUUCAAAACUCCAAUAUAUAUAUACAACAGUACUUAUUGCUAACCAGUGUAAAGAAUAUUAUACAAGUUUCCAACAAAAAUAUCAUAUUUUUGGCCCGAAACUUUUUAUGAUAUUUAUUGCCUGCUGCAACAACACUAAGUACAAAUAUUACUGCAGGCAGUUAUUAAUUUAACUGAAGAAAACAAAUAGUUUGUCAAACAAAAUUUUCUAAGCAUGUAUCAGAAUCCAGGGACAGAACACGAAGAUACAAAGAGUUGAAUUGGUAUAAUUAUUGAGCUAAGAUUAUCAGCAGGAAAGACAGUAAUUAUUGGUAUUUGUGAUUACAUACAUUUUUAUAUCCUAAUGUCUAAAUAAGUUAUUUGGCUUUUGUAGGAGGUUUUUUUUAAUUAGAUCUGAACAGUUGAUAGUUUAAAAUUAGAGAGACAAUAUAUUCAUAUAUUACAUUUAGUAAUUUGUUAAUAAGUAUAUACGUGUGUGUAUAUAAAUAUAUAUAUAUAGAUAUGAAUAGCCUUAAGUUUUUAUUUUUCAAGUAUUUUUAUUUACAAGUUCCCAAUAUUUUAGAGAAUAGAUGGUAAGAUUAUUAUUUAUCCAUAAUAAUUAACUAAAUUUACUCUUCACACUAAUAACAAUAAUAAAUGUUUGUUCAUAAACAUUUAGACUGCAUAAUAUCAUCUUUGUAAAUUAAGAAAUAAAAAAAGUUAUAGAUGCUAUAAAAUUUUAAUUGCCAUGGAUAUUGUGAAAAGUAUAUUUAGUUAUUUUAGAUAAUAAUCCAUAAAAAAUUUAUUACUUUAUAAAAUGGAAAUUGCAUUUUGUAAUUUCAAUCGAGAAUAAAAUGCAAUAUCCGUUUUCAGAAUAAAGCCAGUUAUUAUUUAAGAGUAUGUGAAUUCUUUUGACUAUUUAAUUCUAAAAAUUAAGUAUUAGUUGCAUUAAAAUUGCUUGUUUUCUAAGUAGAAGUGUCAGUAUAUAUUAAGGAGUAUAUAUUUAAAUAACAACACACCUACACAAAUUUUUCCCAGUUUAUAACUACACUACCUCCUCUUUAAUUAUCUAUUUUGUCAAAAUAGGUGAUGUGCCUUAAUCAUGUUCUGACACUGCCUGCUUAACAAAAAUUUCAUUUCAUAAACAUUAUCUAAAGAAGAUAACUUCAACCAGCCAGUAAUAACGGCUCUAAAAUAAAUGCUUCCCUUUUAUUUUGAAUUGCUUUUAAUGUUUUUAAGUACUGAAUUCUGAAGUAGAAUAAUAAAUUACUAAACAUAAAUUGUUUUUAAUUAGAUGUAAUCUACUUUUAGCUAUUUCUAAUGUAAAAAUCUGUCUUUCCCAAUAUAUGAUUUCCACAUUCCUAAAUUAAUAAUUUUUCCAUAUAUUGUACCAUUUGUCUUCUGUUAAUGAAAGCAGUUUAUACUUAACUUGUUAUAAAAUAUUUUAUAUUUUGAUUAAUAUAAUAUGCUUUUUGAAAGUUAAAAUUUUUUCACAUUCCUGUGACAGUUGAUUUAAUUAAUAAUUUACACAUACUUUUGUACAUAUAUUUAAUAUUUGUUUAAUAUAUGUACAACUAAUUUGUUACGUGCGUUUACUGUUGAAAAUAAGUUUUUUUUUUAUAAUUUUAACCUAGUGCCAUAUAAAUUUUAAAUUUCCCAUAAAAAAUGCAAUUGGCCAGCUCAGUGUUUUGAAGACAGAUUUUUUUAUUAUUGUUUUAUUUGAAUUUUAGUUAGUUUUUUUAACUACAGCUCAAAAACUUGAUUUGAAAAGUGGGCAAAGAUCUUUAAAGGAAAUUAAAUAAAUACUGAUUCAGUUAAAUUUUUUCUUACCUCAUAUCCCAUCUACAGUUGAAGAAAACCAAAUAAAGAAUAGAAGUAAUUUUUUUGUGGCAAACUCUAAUACUGUGCAAUUUUAGUGUGUAAAUAUUUAUAAAAUCUGCUUAAUUGGCAAGCAUUUUGUUACCAAUAGCCCAAUUAUAUCUGUACAAAUCGUACUUUAUAAAUGCAAGAGACUCCAUUUCCUACUUUUCACUAUGAAACGAAGACGACGAUCCCAGAUGAAUAUUGUAAUAAAUCACAAAGUGCCAAAGAGUGAUUUACUCAGAAAAUUUUAACUCAUAAAAAAAAAAUGUUAAAAAUAAUACUCAAAGUUAAAUUUAUUAGAAAACCGCUAUUGAUAAUUAAUCAGAAUUUUCUAGGAAUAUUUUCGUGUUGUUUCUUCAUUAUCGAAUUUAUCUGUAAGAAGAGUAGAAUUUAUAUUUUUUACUGUUUGUAUUAUAAGUAUAUGUUUAGUUGUGUAAAGAAGAGAAGAGUAGUGUCGUAAAUCGAUUUAUGUUGUCACUUGGUUCGAGCUUAAAAAGUAUAUUUUAUCGAUUUUUUUGUUGAACUUCCCAACCUCGUCGACUGCCAAAAAAAUAAAAAAAAAAAAAUAUGGUUGCGCCGCGAGGUUUUCCCGUUCGU